AUGGCCAAGGACGGCAAGAGCAACACGGUGGUUAAGGCUUUGGAGCCUGGCAACUUGAACCAGCUUGUGGCCCUACUCGGCGAACAACACGUGGCUUGGUAUGACGCCGAGCCCAAGAUCAAGCCCAAACUCAAGCACAAGAAUGACGGUGAGCCAUUAAAAGCGACCGAUGAACUGGUAUUGCAACUGAAGCAACAAGCGCAACAGUUGCUUGAAAACGAAGUGACACGAUUCGACACGCAAAAGAGUGGCAAAAUGUCAAGUGAUGACAAAUAUUUGUCGACAAUGAUGAAGUCCGGUACAUUGGCCGAUAGAGUGGCCGCGCUCACUCUAACGUCGCAGGCGUCACCACUGCACUCGCUUGUUCGCAUCGGCCAGCUCAUUACCAUGGCCAGUAAGAAGGCCCGACGUGAAAGCCUCAUGGCCGUGGACUCUCUCAAGGAUCUUUUCCUUAAUAACCUUUUGCCAGACGAGGCAAAACUUCGUUUCUUCCACCAGCACCCGUUGCAUGCGGCCCAGAACUCGCCCGCUCACUUAGUGCUCUAUUUCUUUGAGCACUGCCUUAAAACAGCCUACGCCCAGCUCACUGGAGUGUUGGCCGCCGGUAUGGACGACGCUGUGGACAGCCACAAGCGCGCGUGUCUGCGUGCAGCCAACGCGCUGCUCAAGGCCAAGCCCGAACAAGAGGCAGUGCUGCUGGCCAUGCUUGUAAACAAACUCGGUGACCCGGAUCGCAAAAUUGCGGCGUAUUUGCAUCGAAUGUUGCAAGAUUUGCUACGUGAACAUCCGGCCAUGAAGCGCGUGGUGGUGGACGAAGUGGAACGUUUACUCACGCGGCCAAAGGUGUCGGACCGGGCCAAAUACAACGCCGUGUUGUUCUUGAACCAGAUUUACCUCGAAGGUGAUGGAGUGGACACUGAUCUGGCUGGCCACUUGAUCUCAGUAUACUUUGGACUAUUCUCAAAGGAAGUACACCGACAUGACGAGAAGACCAAGAGUGAAAAAGACGCAAAAGAUGGCAAAAAGCACAAGAAAAACAAAAAGAAAAACUCCACACCAGCCUCCGACGAGGCCAUGGACCGCAAGUUGCUAAGUGCACUUCUAGUCGGUGUUAACCGUGCGUUCCCAUACGCCAAUGCCACGUCGGCCAACUUCACUGAAGAGAUCGACUCGCUGUUCCAAGUUGUACACCGUGCCCACCACAGUACCAGCGUCCAAGCGCUUAUGCUGUUAUUCCAGGUUAUGAACAGCACCAAUUCAGUGUCCGACCGGUUCUACACGGCGUUGUACGGCAAGCUAAUCGACCCCAAAGUGCGCGAGACAUCCAAGCACACUCUGUUCUUGAACCUCAUCUUCCGGGCCGUGAAGGCCGACGUGUCACCGGCACGUGCCGGGGCCUUCACCAAGCGUUUAUUGCAACUGGCCAGUGUCAUGCCACCCGCUUUCGCCUGUGCUGUGCUCUUCUUGUUGUCCGAAUUGCUAAAGGUGAAGCCGCAACUGCGUACGUUGCUGGACCAACCCGAGUCUGGCUCUACAGUUGCCGGUGACGAGCACUUUGAAGAUGUAAAAACAGAGGAAAUUAAGCUUGAAAAAGAAGAAUCCGACGACGAGGAGGACACGACGGAAGACGCGGGUGUCAGUACAUUAGACGACGGUCUGACGGAUGAAGAGCGCUCGGCUAAAGUGCUGGCCCGAAUGUUCGGUACACCAGACAAGGAGACGAAGAACGAGGCUGCUGUUGUGAGCUUCGAUGACGUGCCGAAUACUAAGGAAGAAGGCGGAUACGACGCUAGUAAACGGAACCCGCUGUUCGCUGGCGCAGAGACGUCGUGUGCCUGGGAACUGCAGAUGCUGGCCCGCCAUUAUCACCCGUCUGUGCAAAGUUUCACACGUCAGCUACUUGAUAACAAAGACUCAGGUAUUCAGUAUGCUGGAGAUCCGUUGAUGGACUUCACGAUGCACGCGUUCUUUGAGAAGUUCGUCAACAAGAAGCCACGUCAUAAAGUGGCGGAGACGAGUGGGGACAACGGCGCCAAGGCGAAGAACUGGACGUUCGCACCGAUCAAUACGGAGGCAGUGUUGCAGGAGAAUGAGGCCAACGUGGACGCGAGCGACCAGUUCUUCUACAAGUUCUUCAAAGAGCGUGCGUCGCGCGAUGCUGAGCAUCCGAAUAAUCGUCGUAAGAAGAGUAAGAAUGAGCGGGAUGCCGACGCGUUGUCUGAUGUGGAGGAGGGCGCGGAUGAUGAAGAGAUCGAUGCGUACGCCCAGGAACUGGCUGAGGGGAUUUUGGAGGAUGGAAACCAUGACGACGAAGACCCGGACAUGGAGGCCUGGAGCGACUCGGGAGACGAGGAAGAACCGAGUUUGGAGGGCGAAGACGAAGAGAUGUCGGAGUUUGCUGCUCCCGAAGAGGGUGACGGUGAAUCUGUUGCUAGUGAGCAGGACGAUGACGACGAGGAAGACGAGGAAGACGCCUUUGAUUUCUCUGUUAUGGGCGCAGAUGACGACGAUGAAGUGCUGCAGGAAGAGCUGCAAGAGCUGGGCGCCAAGAGGAAGAAACAGACGCCGCCUAAGGCUGGAGACAAGCGGAAGUCCUUGUUUGCCAGCGCUGACGAGUACGAGCAGAUUGUGAAGGAAGCCAUGGCCAAGCAGGCUAAAGGCUCGAAACCGACAAAGGGCAAGAAUUCAAAGAAGCCGCGGCGAUCGUAG